AUGACUGUCGAAUAUAAGCCCAUCACUCACGACUGUCGGGCCAUGAAGUCGCCCCUGGCCACUGAUCUCAUUCACGUUCGAAGGGGGAAGAAGAACUAUACCAAGAUAUGGAUUAGUGGCUAUGGAGAAAGGGCUUAUCCAGAAUUUUCUUCCAAGCUAAAUUCUCCAAAACCUUACAAUGCCUUUUUAUCGAGGACUGGUUCAGUUGGGGUACGCUGCAUUGGGAUUGAAAUGGGCCAACAGGUUUUUUCUUGGGCAACAGUGCUGGACAAUGCAAGAUGUCAAAAGUCAGCUCACUUGUUGGCCUUCAAAUGGUGUCUCACGCAGCUGUCCUUACAUAAUGAUCAUCGUGGCAAAGCCCUAGCCUAUUGCUUAGACUCCCUCAACACUAUUAAUUUGAUAACCUCUCAAUGCACUCCAUCGUCGGCUGUAACCCCCAUUCUGUUUGAUGGCGAAUCGGAGAAGAGUGUGGCAGCCCAUUCUGUGUGUUGGGUGGCAUUGGGCCUGCACCUGGGCCCAUUGGAGGAGCUCCUGCAGGAGGUGGUGGCCCAUAAGGACCUGGGUUCCAACCGGCCGAAGGGGGAGGAAUUGCACGAGGAUCAGGCGCAGGAGCAUAUUGUGGUCCACCAAAGGCUUGGACAGCUGGACCUCCAACAGCAUAAGGUUGUUGCCCUAAUAUCGAGGGUUGAGAACUCAAAACAGGAGUGUUAG